AUGAAAUCUAGCAGACACUUUUCCAAAGACUAUUAUUAUAUGACUACUAAAGCCGGUAUUAAAGUACCUAGAAUGUGGCUGUGUUAUUCAUUAGUUUUAAACAAAGUAUAUUGUGAGUCUUGUUGGUUGUUUGCGGAUCGAAAAAAUCAUAAACUUAAAUUAAAUUGGAUAAAUGGUAUAAAUGACUGGCAACAAUUAACCCAAAAAAUUAUCAAACAUGAAAACUGUACACAGCAUGUAGAAGCCAUACAAUUGCGAAUAAUUUGGUUGAAAAAUGGAACUAUAGAUAAAAACUUGGAAAAGCAUAUAUCCGAAGAAGCAAAAUUCUGGAGAGAAGUUUUAAAACGAUUAAUAAAAAUAAUAUUAUGCCUUACCGCAGGAAAUACUGCAUUGAGGGGAAAUGAAAGAAAAGCUAAUAGUAAUUCUGAAGGCAAUUUUUUACGCACAGUUAAAUUGAUGGCAGAGUUUGAUCCUAUUUUAAGUAAACUUUUAUAUAAUGAAUAA